GCAAGAGAAGAGGAAGCAGGAAAGCUUUUUUCUUCCUGAGAGUAAUAGGGAGAACUACUACGAGACUGUAAAAAUAGGAGCUACCUUUUUUUCUGUUUUGCAGUGCUUGGCCUGUGAUUUAAGAGAAGAGUGGUCCUGUGUUGCAGCUGAAUUUCCUUGACUUGGAAAGUGGAAAGGAAAAAUGUGUCGUCUGUAGCUGGAGAUUUGACCAAAAGUUUGGAUGCAUUUUUUGUAUGUUUAUUGUCUUGAGUCUUGGAGCUUCUGUUCAGCAAAAACCCAGAUGUAUACACAUGUAGAGGCCUUGAACAGUAAUUAUAAAGACUUCAAAUCUCCCUAGUGACAUCAGCUGGUUAAAAAAAUUUGGAUCACAGGAAUAAUGUAACCCAGAGUCUGCUUUCAGCAGCAUUGUUCACACUCCAGAGAAGAGCACAGUCAAAGCAAUAGUUUAUGAGGCUCCUUUUCACUGCACUUUGGUGGAGAAGACAAGCAAGGGCACCAAGCAGCUCUCAUCUCAUUAGUCCAAGUGGUGCUGUACAAGAUUUUACCCCUACUGGCAAGAUCAUCACCCUUGUUCAGUCCCGCUGCAGCUCUGAACUCAUAGAUCAUACCAUCACUACAAGUAUUAUGCUCCUCUCUAUGGAAGUAUUAGUCACGUCCUCAUAGAUCAAAUUAAAUCAUAUACUGACUAUAGAGUUGGAAGAACAGAGUGAGCCAGUCCAGAAGAAGGGUAUUGUCUCCUGUCUCCCAUUUGCAUCUGUGCUUGUUAUUUGCCCAUCGCUGCAGUUUAUGGCACUGCAGAGACCCGUGUUGAGAAAGCUCAUUUGUGCCUGCCUGCAAAGUGCUUUUGAGAACCCGGCGACGCAGCCUGCCACAGGAGCAGGGACUUCUGUGGAACAGCGGUGUUCGCAAGGAUUAAUCCCGCCGUAGAGAGCCACCCUGGCCUUUGAAGUGUUACAGGGGGAAGGAUCCUUGAGCUGUUGCAGAGGCAGCCAACUGCUCCAUAUUUGGCUUCUAUUACCCAUUUACAUGCUGGAGAGAGGAGAGGGAGCGAGCGCUGUACCGCAGACAUCAUUUCUACUAGAGUGGUGGAGACAUCCCGGACCUGUGUCACUGCAGGGGGAAGGAAAAAAACCAAACAAACAAAAAAGCAGACCCAAGCCCCGUGAUCAGCUAGGAAGACAUUUGUAUGUGAGUCUCCCUCUGACCCCCCCCUCCCCCGCCAACCGCACCUCCACUGACACUUUACACUCCUGGAUCAACAGCCACAUUGCAGGCCAAGCCAGAUGGGCAAGCAAUACAAGCUGUGAAUUUAUUCUUGACCCCUGCCGGACAGUGACCACCUUCCUUUUUGUCUUCACUACGCAGAUAUGCACUGCCAAUAAGAUCCUGGAGCACAGGGAAAGAGUUUUAAUGCAAAACAUCAGAAAAAGGCUGCAACAUCUCCUGUGAGAGAGGGGGAAAAAGAUCUACAAUUGCAUGUUGGAACACUCAUAUGAUUUGAGCUCUAUCUUGCUUUAUUUGAAAGAGGAAAACCAGUGAGGACCUGUGAGCAAUCCAGAAGCUUCUGAAGAAUCUUCAUGCUACAGGAUAAUCCAGAAUUCCCCAAAAAAGAACAUAGUGAAUGUUAAUCCAGAGGAGCCGUCAGAGAAUCGUGCUCACGGGGAGAUGAUUCCUCAUGAAGUCACUGGAUCCCUUGCAGAAAUCAAAUGUGACUUUCCGUUUAUCAGACUGAAAUCAGAGCCAGCCAGACAGUGAAUCCAGCACAGUGGAGGGGGGACGGCGAAAGAUGAAAUCCAACCAAGAGCGGAGCAAUGAAUGCCUGCCACCUAAGAAGCGAGAAAUCCCUGCUACCAGCCUGCCUUCGGACGUGAAGCCGGUCCUGCCAAAUGAAAACCACCGUGCAGACAACCUAUCAUGGCUCCCCAGCACACCCAGCGGCCAGGGCAGCCUGGGGGGCAGGCACCGGCCCGGGGGGACGUCGUCGGCGGAGGCAGGCUUGCCGCAGGGUUUGCACAAGUCGCUGUCUGCAGGGCUGGACUAUUCCGCACCGAGCGCACCCAGGUCCGUUCCAGCCUCCACCACUCUCCCCACGGUGUACUCGCCCGCCCUCUCCCAGUCAGGGACCCCCGUUUCCCCCGUGCAGUACACACACCUGCAACACACCUUCCAGUUUGUUGGGCCCCAGUACAGCGGCUCGUACACCGGAUUCAUCCCCUCACAGCUGAUUUCCCCAACAGCCAAUUCUGCGACCGGCGCUGUGGCGGCGGCCACGGCUGUUGCGACCACUCCAUCCCAGCGCUCCCAGCUGGAGGCUUAUUCCACUUUGCUGGCCAGCAUGAGCACCUUAAGCCAGCAAGGGCACAAAGUUGAGCCGCACCUGGUCAGGACGCCUGGACUGAUCGCCCCCGGGUCUCCUCCACCCACCCAGCAGAACCAGUACGUCCACAUUUCCAGCUCUUCCCAGAGCACUGUCAGAAAUGUCUCUCCUCCAACCAUCCCAGUCCCCCUGCACCCCCAUCAGACAGUAAUCCCUCACGCCCUUGCCCUCGGCCCUUCCUCCCAAGUGGUGGUGCAGUACGCCGACUCAGGGGGCCACUUUAUCACCAGGGAUACCCCCAAGAAGCCUGACAGCAGCCGGCUGCAGGCGAUGCAGGCCAAGGAGGUACUGAACGGCGAGAUAGAGAAGAGCCGGAGGUACGGCAUUUCGCCCUCUGCCGACAUGGGUCUGGUCAAAGCAGGCAAUAAACCAGCUCCCCAUCAUUACGAGACCAGGCACGUGGUGGUCCACUCGAGCCCCGCCGAGUACGGUGUGCGGGAUUCCUCAGGUGUCCGAACCUCCGUCAUGGUGGUCCCCAACAGCAGCACGCCCACGGCGGAUAUGGAGGUGCAGCAGGCCACCAACCGUGAGACCUCUCCCUCAGCCCUCAAUGACAAGGGAAGCUUGCACUUAGGAAAGCCAGCCCACCGGUCCUACGCCCUGUCUCCGCAGCAGGCUCUGGGCCAUGAGGGGGUGAAGGCGGUGGCCACGCUGUCCCCUCACACCGUCAUCCAGACCACCCACAGCGCCUCCGAGCAACUCCCCGUCGGACUGCCAGCGACAGCCUUCUACGCCGGGACCCAGCCACCGGUGAUCGGCUACCUGAGCGGCCAGCAGCAAGCCAUCGGGUACCCCGGCGGCCUGCCGCAGCACCUGGUGAUCCCUGGCACCCAGCCCCUGCUGAUACCGGUCGGCGGCGCGGACGUCGAGCCGUCGGGAGUGGCACCUGCCAUCGUCACGUCGUCUCCCCAGUUUGCAGCAGUGCCUCACACGUUCGUCACCACCGCCGUCCCCAAGAGCGAGAACUUCAGCGCGGAGCCCCUCACCACCCAGCCUGCCUACCAGGCCACCAUGGUGCAGGCGCAGAUCCACCUGCCCGUGGUGCAGUCCAUCGCUUCCCCCGCUGCCGCCGCGCCUCCCACGCUGCCCCCGUACUUCAUGAAGGGGUCGAUCAUUCAGCUGGCCAACGGGGAGCUAAAGAAAGUAGAGGACUUGAAAACAGAAGACUUCAUACAGAGCGCGGAAAUUAGCAACGACCUGAAAAUAGACUCCAGCACUGUGGAGAGGAUUGAAGACAGCCAUAGCCCAGGCAUUGCCGUGAUACAGUUUGCGGUGGGGGAGCAUCGAGCACAGGUCAGCGUGGAAGUCUUGGUAGAAUACCCUUUUUUUGUAUUUGGACAAGGCUGGUCAUCCUGCUGCCCCGAGAGAACCAGCCAUCUCUUUGAUUUGCCAUGCUCCAAACUGUCGGUGGGGGACGUCUGCAUAUCUCUCACGCUCAAGAACCUGAAGAACGGCUCUAUUAAAAAGGGCCAGCCCGUGGACUCAGCUAGCAUCUUGCUGAAGCAUUCAAAGAAUGACAGUCUAGCUGGAAGUAGACACAGGUGUGCGGAGCAGGAAAACGGGAUUAAUCAGGGAAGCGCACAGAUGUUAGCUGAGAAUGGUGAACUGAAGUUUCCGGACAAAAUAGGAUUGCCUGCAGCACCUUUGCUCACCAAAACAGAACCCAGCAAGCCCCCGGCAACGAGGAAGAGGAGGUGGUCAGCCCCCGAAACACGAAAACUAGAGAAAUCAGAAGAGGAGCCACCUUUGACUCUUCCCAAGCCUUCUUUUAUUCCUCAGGAGGUUAAGAUUUGCAUUGAAGGUCGAUCCAACGUAGGAAAGUAAAAGUUGUUUGGGGAAAGGAAAUUAGGCUAUCCCUUGUCAUUUUUAUCCAGAUUACUGUACUGUAGACUAAAUAACCCAGUAUUUACAUGUUAUCAUCUUAUUUUAGGUUUAUGUUAUAACCUUGUUGUUAUAGUUGCAGCUGGUAUUAUGCAGGAGACUGGUGCAUAUGUUUUUCCACAAGUGUUUGUCAGUGACUAGGUUUAUCGAGAGCUACGGAAGGGGCAGUAUCUGCUUCACACACCCUUAGUGGAAAUGAAUGUGUUGUCAUGGCUCCUGUUUUCUAACACCUCGUGUAGGACAGGGUCCAGCUGUGAUUUUGUUUCCUUUUUGUCGCUGUUUCUUUUGUUUUCGUUUUGUUGUUUUGGUUCCCGUUCUAGUUUUUUUUCUGGAGGGAGGUGAGGAGAAGGGAACUGUAGCAGAGGUGCGUGUCAGGCGUGGGGUGUGUGCGCGCGUGUGUGUGAGUGUGUGUGCGCACCAGUCCCGAGGAGGGACUGGGGUUCUGUGUCUGGUUGGUGAAGAGGUUUCCUCACCCAAUGUUGAGGACACCACCCACGGGUCUUCUUGAGAAGGAUCGGAUGUUUUCAACAACAAGCCAACACUUAAUCAAGGCUCUACAGUAUAUAUAUAUAUAUAUGUAUAUAUUUUUAUAUAUAUAUAUAUAUAUAUAUAUUUGUGUGUGUGUAUAUGUAUAUAUAUAUUUUUUCCCCCCAUGGGGUCUGACUGCACUGAUUUUUAUUCCUAAAGCAACUGCCACACCAACAUUUCCUUUCUGCUUGCUAGUGCAGUUCCAUUGCCCGGAGUCAGCAGAUGGGGAGGCUGUACAGGCUCUUGCUCCGGUCGCCCUGCAAGGUUUUCCUUGCCGGCGAUGGGGUGGGUGGGUGGGUGCGUGUGUCGUGGGUGUGCGUGGGUGUGGGUGAGGAGGCCUCCGGCUCCACAGAUGCGCCUGGCUCAGGCUCGCUCCUGUUUCUGUGCAGUGUUAGACAAACCGACCGGGUUACGCCAUUGACAUUUGCUUCCACAAGGUAGAUGCGUACUGCCCCUGGGAGAUCACAGGCAUCCGUUGUUCGCAGUUAGGUUGCAAAUCCUUUGUCUUUAGUACUGUUUUGAGUUCAUGAUUAUGGACAACUGGUGCCACUUUUUUUCAGAUUUCGGUGUGACACAGGAAUCCGCUGUUGGAGAUGAACCUAGAAUGUCUUUAAGCACUUAAAAUGCUGUUCACACUUUAUUACUGAGCAUCCUGGUCUAACACUCAGUACGUACUGUAUCUCACUUUAAUCUGCUCAGAAAGCAACAACAACAACAACAACAACAACAACAACAAACAAAUCUCUUCAACACUGUAACUACAUGCAACUAUGUAAAGUUUUCUCACAGGCAAGAUGCUGAAAGUUUUAAUGUGGUUUCAAAGGGAUGAAUGUGAAUUAUUGAACUAGUAUGUGACAGUCAUUGUCCACAAAGGACUACUUAAUAGGAGGCACUUUUUAAACUUUAAUGCUUGAGAAAGAGUUAAAGGCAUAUGUGAGCUGACAGAUAAUUAAAAAAAAAUAAGAGAAAGGAAAAAGGAAAGAGGGAAAAAAAAUCAUUGUCCAGUGUUUUUGAAAAAGAUGGACUUUAAAGAAUCUUGCAAUUUGCACAUCUUGAGUUUAUCAUUUGUGUGGUAUUCCUGCAGUUUUUACCUAAUAAUGUUGUGGGUUAGGGGGGGUCUGAAAGAGCAUAAACAAAUGUAGCAAUUACUCACUAACCUGCCUAUGCUCUAGGCCAUUUCAUAGGGUUACGUUCCUUUCAGAGUUCAUUUUUGGUCUUUCUACCAUAUCUGCCACACAGAACCAGGUCCUACCGGGACAGCUCUGAGAAUUUUUCUUCAGACUUGCUGAGAGAGUUUUCCACAAGAAACAUUUCUAUACGUAAGCAAGGUGUUUGUUUGUUUUGAAAACAAACCUAUUGUUAUUUUAUUAUUAUUAUUAUUUGUUAUUUUAAUUGCAUGGUUUUCCAUUGGAAAGGCGAGAUCUCAAGAGUUUGGUACAAACCAAGUAGGAUGGGGAUGGGGCGGGGGGGGAGGGAGGGAUUCACGCCGUUCAGUCUUUCCUUUUCCCCAGGUUGGGGCCGGAUCCUUUGGGGUGCUGUGCACCCCCCUCCUGCGGGAGCCCCGGGGAGGUGCGGGGAUGAAGCACCAUGGGGCCGAGCGCUGGAGUCUUGUUGCUGCCCCUGGAAAGAUCCCUUUGGCGGGAUCCCCAGCCCCGGGGAUGGCGCUUAGGCCUGGCUUGAGUGGGCGGGCUCGACAUCCUUGGGGAAGCUCUGGAAAAGCUGUACAGAUGGGGAGAAAAGGAAAUAUAAAAGUCCCGUCGUUAGAAACGCAGCGACCUAAAGUAAACAAAAGUUAUUUAAAAUCUUGUUUUCCCUCUCCCCUAAAAUACAGUCCCUUUAUUUAAGAGAAGAAAUGUUAACCCCGAACCCCAGCUUUGACUCUGUUACUUGAAAUUAGCUCACACCAGAACUAAUUGUUUUUAUACCAUAUUCUGGGGUGCACCAAAAAGUUGAAAUACAUUUAAAAUAGCUUGAAACUAUUCUUGAAUUUCCUUGAAUUUUAUUAACCUCUCGGCAGGCUACCAAAUAGCUGAGUGGGUUUCUUCUCACAGUCACACUGCUUAGUUAGUGCUUAUCUGUUAAUAUUUCUGCUCAGAGAAGUUGCUUAAUCUUCCAUAUACUCUGCUCAGGGCACUUGCAAUUUAUUGUUUUGUUUUGUUUCCUGUUUUGUUUUUAAGCUUUGAUGGUAAAGGAAUAGAAAGAAAUACAGAUUUUAGUUCACAGUCGUACCACUAUUUCUGUACUUCAUGCAUACUCGAAAAAAAAAUCUCAAGUGAAACCAUACGCAUACACAUUUGUGGUUAAUAAGGAAGCAGCGGCUAUUAAACUGACUGGAUCUAUUCAACUAACACUAAAAAAAUAAUAAUAAUAAAAAAAUACAUUUGGAGCAAUAGGAAUGUAUUAGUUCUGUGCUUGUAUUUCAGACCGGGGAAUUCUGAAAUAACUGGUUCUUUGCAAACAAUUGUCCCUUUCCGUGCUUUGGCUUUUGUAGGAUGUGCAAUACUUUACGUGCCAACUUAGACUCACCCGCGCGGUGUUCGCUAGAUCUCAUACCCACUUCUGAUUUCCCAUCGCUUUGUUUUGUUGUUUAUUCUAAUCGUUUUUUUCUUUGUUCCUUCUUAUUUUUUAGUUCUUUUUUUCACUAUUAGUAGCUGCCUGUCCUCCUACCCCCCCAAAAAAAAAUAAUGUGUUAAGGGUGAAGCAUCCCUUGCCCCGGGAAACACCAACCCUUUGUGUAUCUGAUGUUAAGAAAGAUCCAGGAAGAAAAAAAGCAAAAAAUGAUGUAUUAAUAUCUGUGUGCCAACCAGGCGGAGGGCAGCACACAGACAAGACCUGACUCCCCCCGAGGAGAGAAAGAUCCCCCCCUGGGACCAAGUCCUUUGCAAAAGGGGGAUGCUUUGCCUCUCCCCCCGGCACUGAGCAUCCCUUGAAGCGAGUCCCCGCCCGGGAAGCACCAUCAGUCCCUGGGCACAGGCAAAAAUGCCACUCGCGGGCACGGAGAUGCUGAGGCCAAGCUGAAGGAGGAGGUUUAGACGCUGCUGCUGCUGCUGCUGCGCGGCGUCCACUUGGCAAUAGUAACUGACAAUAGUUUUUCUUUUUGUCUUUUUUUUUUCUUCUUUCUUUUCAGCAGGCCUAUUUAGUUUACAACAAAAUGCAUACAAUCACCAAGAAAUUAGUCAGGGCGAAGAAAAAUAAAACAAGAACCUCUUUAUAGGGAUUUCUAAAAAAAAAAAAAAAAAGCUAUCUAUCUAUCUAAUCUAUCUAUAUAUCUAUAUAUAUAAAGUGACUGUUCCUUAUAGUGUUUAACUUAGGCAUUGUUUCAGUUCGUCUGGGCCACAUCAUGGGGAAUUUGAUUUUGAUGUCACUUACCUCAAGUCCACUGGUCGAGACCCAAAUCGGAGUCGCAGUUGACCUGUUUUACCAUUUUGUGCGUUGCCCUUGGGCUCGCUUUCCCUCAAAAACGCAGACCUCGGGAGGAGGGGGGGACACGCAUGUUCCUUUUUCUUUUUAUUAAUUCCUUCAUGCCGCUGUCGCUUCAUUUGACCUGUCGUUCCCGUCAUUUUCUUGGCGUGGGGAAGUGACAUCACUACUCUCAUUUCCCUUAAAUCAAGGAACAUUUAGAAACCUUUCACACCUUUUACUCAGGGAUGGGGCUGGCAUAUGUGUGGUACACUGAUGUGACCAGAAGCAGCACUUUUACUGCUCCGGAGUAGGGAUGUACAAUGUUACAGACAAGUUUGGAUUUCCUGCAUCUUGUGGUUUAAACUUUGUAGAUCUCAUUUAGAUGGCAAUACAAAAGCAGCAUGCUCAGCACAAACUGUAGCUGUUGGUUAUCGUGAAAAUGCGGAGAUUUAUUUUACUUUAAAGUGUGUUGUAGGAAAAUGGAAACGGUGAAAUUCUGUUAAUACUUGCAACUGCUAAAAAAAAAAAAAAAAUCCUGUAUCAAGGAGAGCGAAUCCUCAGUAUUUUUAAACACUAAUAGUGUUAUUUCAAAGACGGUGGGGGGGGUUCUCUUGGCGCAGUGCUCUGCGUGUCUGGAACCCAGUUCUGCAAAAACUUACGCAUGUGCUUGCGGGAGGGCCGAGCUGGCUGGCGAAGGCUGCUCAGGAGCUCACUGAGAAGCACACGUAUAAAUCUUUGUGAAAUCACAGCUCGGUUCAGUCGCGGCCACGUCCUGACCUUAACCAGGCGGCUGGAAAAAUCUUGGGUGAUGUCCAGGUUCAGCAGGGCGAAAGCCCCAGGCGGGUGGUGGGGAUCUGGCCCGUUGGAACACUUCUGCUGUCCCAGGAACUCGACAAAUGGCAAAAUGGGACAUGCACUCAUACAAAUGAUUUCCAUUUCUUCCCUCCCCAUCCUCACAGGUGACAGCAGAGCCUGCUCUGGGCUCUGGCUGGUGCUGAUGUGAAAAGCAAGGGGGAUGAGCGCACCACCAGAGUGCGGGCAGUAAUCUCCUUUCCUCUGGUUUAUCCAACCCUCCCACCCCCCCAAUCCUAAAAUACAUGGCAAAAUGAGAAUUUGUUGAUGCAGAUACGCAUACGUGCACACGCAGACGGGAGUGUCUGUUUGCACACAAAUAAAUAUGUGUGGAUUUUUUUUUUACACGUAUGCCUACAUGUGUACUUGAUCCCUGUCCUGAGGACAGCCUUGCUUUGUGUCAAUAGGGAAAUUCCAAACGCGUUGCACACCUCUACUCCAGAGUUCAAUUUCUUUUACAUAGACGACCUCGCUUCAGAUGUGUUACCUUUACUGAUAGGAUCUUUUCUUGUAGCACUAUACCUUGUGGGAAUAUUUUUUGAUGUAAACCUAAUUUGAGAAGCUUAUUAAAAAUAGAAACUUUUUUUGAAGCACUCACAUUGAGGAGUACAGGUAAUGUUUUAAAAAAUUGCACAAAAGAAAAAUGAAUGUUGGAGUGAUUCAUUCAGUGUUUGAAAAAGAGAUGGCUCUGUUUGAACAGUGAGUUUCAUACCUUGUUUGUAAAAAAAAAAAAAAAAAGUUUUUAAAUACAAAAGAAGAGAAAGGUUGAAAAGUUACAUGUUUUUUGUAUAUAGAAAAUGUCAUGUCUAGAUGAUCUGAUUUGUAUUGGCCUUGGCCAGGAAGAAUUAUUACUUAAAAGGCUCUUAAAGAACAACUGUGCUUAAUUUUCUGUUCGUAUUACAUGGGUCCCAUUUCUGGGGAAUGGAGUCACGCUUCACACUUGUUUAUUCCUGUGCUGAGCAUAUACCCUGGAGCGGCAGUUCUCGAGCGCGGCUACCAGGCACUUCAAAGGGUGGCUACUGUGCAAAACCAGAGUCUUGCUCUCCAGCUGCGUUUUGGCUUUAAGUCUCUCCUGCCUGCGCCAGGGGGGCCCCUGGCAGCCCACGGGGCAAGGCUGGUUUUGAGGGAGGCCUUGGCCGUGCCCUUGGCUGUUGAGCGCAACCUGCUUGGUUCCUGCUGAAGCCUUUCGGUCCCGUUUUUUUUCCUCCCUCCGGGAUGCUGUUCUGUGUUUUUUCAGCACUUCCUGUUGCAGACGAAACCCAAAGAGUAUAACCCUGAGCAAGAAGUGCUUCUAACAAGGGAUCCUAGCCCAGCGCUAGCAGCAGAGCGAUACCCCGGGCAACCCGGCCUUCUGAGCCCCAUCACUGCCCCCUCUCUCCCAGACUCCGCUUUUGGAGCUGCUGGGGAGCAGUCAGUCACACAGAGCAUGUUUCCAGUGAUGGUCUUGACAGAUGAUGAGACCAGUGUUUUUUUCAGAAGCCAAAAGGAGAGGAUCCUGAAGCAGUUUCUGAGGAGAGGGUCCUUUUCCAGUCCAAAGAUUGAGCUGGGCAGCUGGGAGCCAGUGGCAGGGCGGAGGGUGUGAAGUUUCAGGCUGCACCCGUCCCCCUCCCCAGAGGUAACCCAAGCUUUGGCUCCUGCAAGCACAGGGGACAGAAAAUACUCACCCUGUCCAAGUGACCCCCCUGGGUGCUCAGAAAACCAGCCCCAGUUGUGUUACAAAUGAAGUGCAUUCAGCCAACAGGUAGUAUUUAUACAAUAACAGUCUCUAAGGUUUCUGUAGGGUUUUUUUUCUUGUUAGCUGAAAGGACUCAAGUCUUCCACUGAGGAUUUUAUGGAGGCUUCAUCCAAGAUAGUUUCUUUUUUGUUCGCUUCUAUUUUGAGCGGUCAAAGCUCCUGUGCCCUUUCCCUUGACCACGCGGUAGGUAUGCAUUGGAAGUGUUGUUCACGGCGGGCGUUAGUCAGUCAGUUGUUGAAGCCACCAUGGCUGUACUACAGGAUUGCUGACGAGCAGAAACUUCAGGGCCCAGAUCCUCGACCGGCACGGAGCUGGUGUGGGACCACCAGGCUCCCCGGGCAGCCCCACUCUGCCCCCUCACAGCCAUCCUGCCCUGGCGUUUGCUUUAAGAAGUCCAGGACCCACGUAUUCACCCUUUGAACGUGCUGUGCAGCACUCCUGUCCGAGGCAGUCGCGUUGGGGUCUGGGUAGCCAAGGGCAAAACGGGCCUGGGGCAGCUGCGGGGGGCUCGCUCUGUGUCUUCUGCCUGGCCGUCGGGCUGGCCUCUUGGCGAAGUCACUCAUCUGUUAAGGCAUAGAUGCAACUCUUCACAACAGUCAGCUAAUGUUGAAACUCACUAAUGUAUGUAUUUGCUUUUUUUUUUUUUUUUUUUUUUUUGGAUAAUAUAUUAACUUGUGGAACACUGUUCUUUUCACAGUGUUACAAAACGGGGCGGGGAGGGGGGGAGGAUUUCCCAACCUUUUUCAGUUUGGGUGAGCUACUGAAAAUCAUUUUGUACUAGCUAUGUCACCGCUCCCAGCAGCCAGCGGCAGCGCUUGGCGCGGGGCCGUGCCGGGUGAAGGUUUAGCCAUUCUACAGCAGUAGUUUUUUAAAGGUUUUUUUUCUUCCUUAUUUUUUUUAGGGUUUUUUUUUGGUUUUCUUAAAUGGUCUGGUUGUUGCAAAUCACACUUCCAGUGUAGUUCCUUAGUGUAGGCCCAGUAAAAGGGAUAUCGCAGCUUUGUGUUGGGGAGAAAUUGAGCUGACAUGGCCAGUACAAAGGAGAAAUAGGGAGGGAAUAACGUUUUGCACCUUAUUGAAAAGAGGAGAAGAUUUUAAGUGCAUACAGACAUAGUUAAGAGCUUUUAUUGUGACAGGAGAACUUUUUUCCAUAUGCGUGCAUACUCUCUGUAAUUCCAGUGUAAAAUAUUGUACUUGCACUAGCUUUUUUAAAACAAAUAUUAAAAAAAAUGGAAGAAUUCAUAUUCUAUUUUCUAAUGGUGGUGUGUCUAUUUGUAGGAUACACUCGCGUCUGUUUAUUGAAUUUUAUGGUCCCUUUCUUUGAUGGUGCUUGCAGGUUUUCUAGGUAGAAAUUAUUUCAUUAUUAUAAUAAAACAAUGUUUGAUUCAAAAUUUGAACAAAAUUGUUUUAAAGAAAUUGUCUGUAUACCAGUACAAGUUUAUUGUUUCAGUAUACUCGUACUAAUAAAAUAACAGUGCCAAUUGCAAA